AUGGAUACUCUCCUCACAACAGUGGAAUAUAAACCACCUCACAAGCUCUCUGUAGAAAGUCUUCGAGUUGGCCUGCGGCCCAUGAAUUUCUGGGAAACUGUAGUCAAGCCACGGACCAUACCUGUCGACAAAGAAGAGAAAUUGAAGUAUAAUGCGCAACAAAUAUCAGGAUCCGCGGUAGUCCAGCAUUAUCAUAUCAUGAUAGAAGAUGGUAUUCCGUAUGCGUACGUGACCAACGGACUGGCGUUUAUCCUGCUUCAUGUCCCAUACGACGACCCUAGUACGUUUUACUAUUUCCUGUGCGAGCCAAAUUUGGAUCUGGGUAUAGAUGAUAACGGGGUCUUUGACCAACCGAAUACCGCAAUUGCGAGAGCACUGUGUCUUUGCCUGAUGAGUUUUGAUUUUCCCCCCCGUGACCAGGAAUGGCGGAAUGCUGCGCGGGCGCAGCUUCAUAUAUGGAAGACUAGCUUUGACUACACCCUAUCUGAAAUACCAGAAGAGGAAUUACGACUAGCACCUCCAGAUUCGGAGUACAGCAGCUCUGAGUACACCGGGUCCGAGUAUCUACCAUCGUCCCCUGCGCAAACCCCUGUGCGUCGUGGCAUUCCCACUUGGUCCCAGCCUGGAUGUUCGCCUCCCGAUCUGAGUCAUCACACGGAACGACCAGACUCUUCUAAUUCGGAUUCAAAUCAAAAUGCCCCAGCGCGGAAGCGAGAUUUUAGCCAGAUUACUUCGUCUCCGCCGACUCAAAGAACCGACCACAAUUGUCCUAAUGUGGCACAGCACCAGCACGGAGAAAAUGUUGAAAGGCAUUGUAUCAAUGAUGCGGCCCUGCUGCGCUUGCUCAGCCAGCAGCUAGAUGAUAAUCUUGACCGUAACUGUUCACCACUGGGUAUCCAGGGAACAUAUGGGGCAAUAUUUAAGCUGACCUGUGCAGUGCACGGCUAUACUGUAGCUGGAAAGGGAACAACUUCCGCCUUCUGGGGCGAAGUUUCACGGGAAGCUGAAAUAUAUCGGAUUCUACAGACGGUUCAGGGAGUCGCUGUCCCCAUCUUCCUUGGCUCUAUUGAUUUGGCGGAGAUUUAUUUCUUACAUGGCUUCGGCCCCAUCCGCCAUAUGCUGCUGAUGGCUUGGGGAGGUGAGAGCAUCGCAAAUCUUGAGCGGUGGCCGUUGCUGAAACAGGAAAUCUCAAGGUCGACGAAGGGAAUUCGUGCGUUGGGGGUCAUCCAUGGGGACCUUCGACCGGACAAUAUCCUAUGGAAUAAUGAGCUCAAGCGUGCCAUUGUUAUUGACUUCCAUCGCUGUAGGUUAGAUCGUCAGUUGAUGGUAAAGUUGGAGAAGAAAAGGCCUAAACAGCCCCGGAAAUCUUAUAUACGUAAUCAAAGGGGCAUUCAGGAACAGAUUGAGCAAUAG